AUGUCAGAACUGUCCGGAUGGCAAUGUGCGCCGACCAACGUCCUAGAAGAAAUAUUUGCCCUACUUCCAUUGAAAAACCUCGGCCGCUGUUCUCAGGUCCGUUGUUAUUAUUAUAAUUAUCUUGUUCUUCCUCUUCCUACGCCUUCGUACCGCUUGAGAGGCGGCAGCACCUCAAGUCAAUCAGCCAAGGUCCUAUCCUGAUAUCAGUGAACUGGCUUCAGUGACAUAUCCGUCCUUGUGUGUGACGGCUGCGGAUUUUGAAGCCGUGGUUUCUCACUACCAACAUUUCUUAAACCCCUUAGUUGGGUCGAGACGGGGAUAGAACUUGUGGCCCUGUGGACCGUAGACAGGCACGAAACCCGUUACGCUACGGCGCGCCCUUGUUAUUAUUAUAAUUAUGUCGUCAAAAACUAGCGCAAUGUUUGAAGGUUCUUCCAUGUUUGAAUCCUUUAAUCUCCUGGAACAUAAUAAAACGUAACUAAAUGGAUAAAUGAUAUCAUGCUUAUUUGUUACCGACUUGAAAAAGCCAGAUGGGUAGAUUGCUAAAAAGGAAGCUUUGCGUACGCGACGCAGUUUUCUGGCGAGAAACUCGAGAUCAGAACCAAUUAGGAAAAAAAUGUAGAAAAAAAAAAUUUAAAAAUUUAUUUUUUUUAUCCUCUUUUUUAUUCCAUAACUUCUUUCAGAGCCAUAACUUAUUAAAAUUUAUCAAAAAUCUGUUAGAAAACGAGAAAAACCUAACAACUUGGUGGCUCGCGUUGGACUUCAAAUUUCCCACCCAAAAAGCAGCAUCGCACACGCAACGCUUCACUCUUGCCAAUCUACCCAUCACGCUUUUCAAGUCGGGAAGGAAUGACUCUACAGAUUUUUCUGUACCGAAUCGUUCAUUCGCCUAAAAACAAGAAGAAUAACCGGAAAGAUACAUAAUAGUAGCUACUGGAAAAUAAAUAGGUGGCACUUACAUCAGUGCAAUAUUUUUCUCUAAAGAACAUGAGAUUUUCGAUUUUUUUGAAAAGAAAAAAUGUCCAAACUUGACUCCAAUUUCCGAUUUUCAAACUCUUGUUAAACACCACGGUCCCCAACCAAAUGCCACUUCAAAAGCCAAAGAUAAUUCGAUUUCAAACAGGUUUGCUACCAAUGGUUCAUCGCCUCGAGUACAGACUAUCCGUGGAGAAAAUUCGUUUUCAAAGAUGGAGUUUUUGUGCGUAGAAAAUACACACAGCAUUCCGGGUGGCAGUAUCACAUCGACCAUUGGCGUUUGAGGUAGUGCUCAUUCAUGAAGAACUUCUUCGGAAAACGAAAAUAUUUCUCAGGUUUUUGAUAUCCAAUGCGUCGCGCAAGUGGAGAGUCCUUGUGAUUGAGCCUGUCACUAAUUUAUUCAACCUCUAUGAAUUUUUCCGAGUGCUCACCAACUUUUCAGAAUACUACGAAAGGUUAGUGAAAUUUUACGUUUUCCUGGGACUACGGAGGUUUUGUGAAACAGGAACACAGAAGAGGACAGACCGUUGGGGAAAAUCCGGCAGUUUCAUUUUCAGUGGAGACUUCAAGUGGACGACGAAAUCGCUGGAGUACACAGAGAUAAGGUAUCGGAAAUCUUGAUCGAGGAAUCUUAUUAGGUUGGUAAAAAAUAAUGAGCCAUUUAUUAAUUCGUUAGUAAUUUUCUGAUAAGAAUAAAUUUUUGGAAGAUUUUUUUUAUUAGAUAGAAGUGUCCGUACGCAUCGUUUGAUAUAAAAUUCGGCUAUAUUAACUAUGUAUUAACUAUGUAUUUGUGUACAGAAUAAGUACCAUAGUAGGCAUUAAAAGCAAAACGGGGUACCACCCUGGUUACAUUACGGGAGGCACCGAGAGUUUGACGCGGGGGGUUUUGCAAUUUUUGUUAGAGGGGUUCAUGGAAGUUUCUUCCGUACAUUUUUCAUGAACUCAGGAAUUCAGGAUAUCGGUACCGGAGGUGAAAUGUUGCACACCCUUUCGAACCUCUUAACACACCUCCAUGGUCUCAAAGUAUUGUCUUUGAUCGACCUGCAGUUGACUUUUUGGGAAGGCGAUCAGUUUUUGAACGAUGUGAGCUAACCAUUAUUGGAAAAAGAAACUUGUGAAAACUUUCAGCUUCUCGCCAAAUUUUCAACUCAACUUGAAUACCUUUCUCUUUUGAACGUCUCACUGCGACCUCGAGCUUUUCUGCAACCAGCUCUUUUUUUGAACCUCAGACAACUCGUGGUCUCCCCACAGAUGAUCGGAGAUGAUAACUUAUCACUCAUCGCCUGCCUUCGCAGACUACAAACUCUAACUAUUGUUCAGGUCUUCAUUUUUUGAUUUAUUUUUCAGGUUGCAAUCAUGCGACUCUUAACAGGGUCAAAAAAGAGAACACAAGCGUGAUUCAGACUUUUUAGAUUGGAAAAAGGGAAACAAAUGUCUCGUAUUGGAGCUUGCAAGAAUAAAGCCUGCGGGAGCAUAUAUUUUUUUAGAUUUUUUUAUUUUACUUGAAUUUUUGAAAACCAGUGACAUAUUUAAAUUAGCUGAAAAAAACUCUGUGGUCUCACGAACAAUUGAAUAAAGGAAUGUUUCUGUAAAAUUAUGACUUUUUAUUGUGUUAAUAAAACUUUGUUUGAAAAACCUAUUUUUUUAUUUCCAUGGGGUCAUCUGAAAGAAUUCUUAAAAAAGAACAGGCCAGAAUUAGUACCAAAAAGAAGUCUUUUUUGAAUUUGUUGAGAGGGCUUGGAACUUCUAGAAUGGUGUUUUUAACUUUAAUCUUGUUCAAAAAGAUUGCGUUUUAAAUUAUCUGACUUUUGCUGGAAAUUCCUCUCAAGUUUUUUUGUAUCAGAGUAAAAUCCUAUAAAUUUCCCAAGCUUCAAAAACUUUUUUUGGCUGCCAGAAUCUAUUCGGCAAAUCUAAAACUGUUUAGAUCAUUUUUUUAUAACGAAAUAUUGACUUCUAAUGAGUUUCAUCCACUGAACUCAUUAAGAGAAUUAAAAUUUGCUUUUCCAGGAUGAAAAAUGUGAUUUGGUGGUACCUUGUUCGAGCAAAGCCUGGCAGGUUUUUACGGAGCAAAACUGCUCCCGUACUCGUCUGUGGCUCAUUUUGAAAGGUAUGUUUCCAUUUUCUCGUAUCGGCUGUAUUGUUUCUUAUUCAGGCAAACCAAAAUGCGCCCUGAUCAUCCAGCCUUGCGCUCCUGUUUUCGGAAUAAAAAUGGAGGAAUCGUCGGGACAACUCACAAAUGGAAUUGCGGACCAGGUGAGUUCAGAGAAAUUUUCAGAAAGCGUUUUUUCGAAUUUCAGAUUUCUCUCUAUUACUCUGAAACUCUGGAGGUGUUCGAACAAUGCGGUCUUGAAAGAAUGAAAAGAGGCAAGAAAAUGAAAGAACGUGCAGAUUUGGCUCUCGUACUACUUGCUUCUAAGUAAGCUUUGAGAUUUUACUCCAAAAAGCCUCUUUUACCACACACGUUUCUUUUUGAGUGUUUUUUGAAGAUCCUCGUUUUAUAAGACCUGUCAAGGUUCUCUGAUCAUAAAGGAAAGUUAUAAAUACGCCGUCUUCAUUUUAGAGCUUCUCUUGCCAGAAAAUCGGAAAAAAUUGACUUUAUAGGAGUUCAUGGCUCCUUUUUCUCCCACUCAGGCCCAAAAAUUUAAUUUCGAGAAACGUCAACGGCUCGAAAUCCUCCGCUUUCUUGUUGCAAUAGACGAAAUAUUCAAUGAUUCAGUUAAUCUGCAAAGUGUACUCUGAAUUUGUUCCUACGUUCACUCGUGAUUGUCGGGAAAUAUAGAUCUAUGCAUUUAUUUUUAUUUGGAAGUAUUUCCAAUUGAAUUUGGUUCAGAGAACAAAAUGCUGUUAUGACGCUAGUGACGCAAAAUUCAUAGAUUAUUGAAACAAAACGGGCUCAAAGGACUUCUUUGUUUGGACUAAACUGGAACAAGCAAUCAAAAGCUUCCGUUUUUCGUUUUCUGAAUGACUAAGUGUUAUUAAAAUGUCAAUCAGAAAAAGUUUCCAAAAAGGUUGCUCCUAAGCCGUUUGUUUGUUUCGAAAAUGAGAAUAUACUAUUAAACCAGCAAAAGAAACCGAAAGAAAGUCAAAAAAAGCUCGAAUUGCUGAACAUUUUCUAGAUGCCAGAGUCUGAAGAUGUUGGCUUGCCGAGAAAGAAUCGCACAUGGAACGGCUCUCAUUCUAGCUACUUUUGCUCGGAAGAAAAGUUUCCAGUUAACUUUGCGGAAGAACGGUCUGCUGAAACGAGUAAGAACACUUCUUUUAUUUGGUUUUUUGAUGUAAAUUUAAAGUUAGACUUGGCCUUCCCUGUUGAAAUGUUGAACAUUGAACCAGUCUGGAUCCGUCAUUUCUUAAUUAAUUAUCUAAUUGUUGUUUCAGGUUUGUUGGUCGAGGAGGGAAGUUUCAGAGAUGGAUAUUUCUUUCGAUUGGUUGAAACGUCAUUCGAAGAAUCUAAUCUUAGUCAUGGAAGAAAUCCGUCGGCUGACAUCUCAGACGCGUGUUAUUAUCGACGAUAAAUGCUACAAAACUACACUGUGAAUAUUUGUAAAUAAAGUUCCUGUUUUAUACCAGAUCCGCUUAUUUUGAAUAAAGUAUCUCAUAACAUGAAUUUAGCGGCAUAUUUUCCCAGAAAAUGCUGUCCUCAUGCUGUUUCUUCGAAAAUUCAGGAAAUUCCGGGAGUUUUUCCGAAAGUUCUUCACUCACAUCGACCUCGUGACCUCUUUGGACAUCAAAGUUCCGAGAAAUGCAAACUUCGGUCAAUGGGCAAGACGAGCUCAGGAAGCGGAAACUACGAAAUCUGAAACGUAGCGUUGAAAACCUUCUGGAAGAAUUUGUUCUAGAGUAGAAAACUAGUUCGAAUAUCAGCAUCUUUUUCAACCCGCUUAAUAACGAAGAUAAGAACACUGAUCUUCAACCCCGCGUGUGAUAGCUAUUCUCAGCACUUGUCACUAGACUUUGAAAGAGCUUUUUCCACAAAGCCGCUUCGGUAUACAGAUAUAGAGAUACUGGGCUCAGAAGUCUUGAUUUCUAGAUUCCCCCUCACAAUGAUUUCUCUCUGAUGGCAUCAUUCUGGCAUGAUUACAAAUGCCAGUUGACCAAACAAAUACUUCUAUAGAAAAAUUUAGCGAAAGGUGCUGAAAAUAACCAGGAAGGCUUAUCCGUCCAAAAACCAAAAUAAUGUCUCAGAUCUUUGAGCAGCGCCAAACAUGAUUAACACGUAGGAGCAUUCAAAAAGGUAGAUAAGAACUAUGUGAAAAAAGUUUCAGUCGAGAAAAAAGACGACAGGAAAGUCGAAAGAACCUUCCAAGAUAUUGAAACUAAAUUUUUUUGGUUUGGAUAUCUAGAAUUUAGUUGGAACAUUUUGGGUUUUCUCAUUCUGCUGAAAUGAAAUCUUAACUGUCUUUUUAAGGUCUUUCCAAUGUUUUCUCAUAAAAGGAUAUUGAUCAGCUUCGAUCUUGAAUAAGAAAUAAGAAAUUGGAAAAUUUAAAGUUCACCCAUUUCGUUGAAUUGAGAUAAAAGCUAGCUUUUUAAGGUCUCUUCGAUUUUUCUUUUGGAAUGAGAUUCAUCAAUCUUUAACUUUUCUGAGACCAAAGAUUUUCUUAUUUUGCAAGCUUUUCAUAUGCAAAUAUUGUUUAUUGGUGUCCACUUCCAGAGCUUGCUCAUUCACCUCUCCAUAGUAAUUUUUUUGACAUGACUAAAGGAAAUCUUUACAAAUAUAUUACUUCUGAUCAGAGUGUUGAAAGAAGCAAAUUCAAAUUCAGAUUCUUUCGAAAACGAAACCAACUACAUCCUGUCCCUAUCGCCAAACCACCCAGGAAGUGUUACCCGGAAACAUGGACGAAAAUUGAGGAUACUCGAGAAAAACGAAGUUUGUUCAUCCGGCGCUAAGGUGUUGCGGUGGGCGGAUUCAGUUCGAGGUGACGCGGCUGAGCCAGCAUUUCGGCGACAAAGCGCCUCCUCUCGCCGUGGUGACCAUCCCCCAGAAGCUUAUCUUCCGUGCCUUUAUAAGGAAAGCCCGGCCUCGAGAGUACACUUCUCCGGCUCGUUAA